AGGCCGGACGGCCUUGAGUGUGACACCUGCCAUCGCCCCGCCCCUUCCCGUUGGCUCCCGGAGCCACUUCCGGCGGGGGCUCCUCAGCCCGCUACAGGCUCGAGCGGCCCCGGGCCCGUUCCUAACCCUUGAUGUGCCCAGCGGCGCGCCGGCGAGACAUUCUUUCGGUCUCCAGGAACCGAGCAGAGGCCGGGAAGCCCUGUUCCGUGCCGUUUCCCGCAGAGCUUCCUGCACUGAGGUAGUAAAAUGUGCUGCGAGAAGUGGAGCCGCGUGGCCGAAAUGUUUCUCUUCAUUGAAGACCUAGAGGAGGAUUAUAAGAUCCUUUGCCUCUGCUCCAGGGCAUUUGUGGAGGAUCGGAAAUUGUGCAAUUUGGGAUUAAAAGGCUACUAUGUCAAAGGCAAUGGCGAUAAUGCAGGAGACCAAGCUACAGAAGAGGAGGAAGGUGGCACUGCAGAGUCACAUGACAGUAAAGGCUUAGGCCUAGAUGAAAGUGAACUUGAUUCUGAGGCUGAACUCAUGAGAAGUAUGGGACUACCACUUCAGUUUGGUGGGAUAUCUGCACAUAAGAAUUUUGAGGUGUCUAUGAAUACUAGAAAUAAAGUUAAAAUAAAAAAGAAAAAGAAAAAACAUCAAAAGAAAUACUUAGAUGAAAUUAUGAGAGAAUCUUGGAGACAAGAAUAUGAAGAAGAUGACAUUUUGGCUUCAGACGAUCCAUCUUCAGUUGAACAGUAUGAGAGCACCAAGACAUGUAAACUUCAAACCAAAAAAGACAUUGAAACUGAAAAUCUUCCUGUUGAAAAUACAUUAUCUCCAAAGCUAGAAAUCACAGAAAAAUGGGAAAAGUAUUGGAAUGAAUAUGGUGGAGGACUAUUAUGGCAAAGCUGGCAAGAAAAACAUUCAGAUCAGACACUGUGUUCUGAACCUUGGAACAUUGCUGAUACAAAGGAGGAAUGGGAACAACAUUAUAGUCAACUUUAUUGGUAUUAUUUGGAACAAUUUCAGUAUUGGGAAGCUCAGGGUUGGACUUUUGAUACCUCACAAACCUGUGAAACAGAUACUUGUGGGUCUAAAAUAGAAGUUGACAAUGAAAAAGACGAAAAUUUCAUGAAAGCAGACUUAAUGUCUUUUCCAUCUCCAUCUAUUAAAAUUGAGAGUGAAUGCUCUAAUUCAAGUGAUAAAGAGUAUAAUGAAAUCCUUGGUGGAAUUAGUAAUAUAAGUUUGAAUUCAGAGGAAGUGGAACAGAGCCAGUUAGAUUCUUCAGUAAGUUGUGAUGGACGGCAGUGGCUAAGUGAAGUCAGCAGCAGCAGAGAAUGCCCUGCUUCUGGCCAGAGCGAACCAUGUAAUGGAGGAACCAAGGACAGCAGCUUAUCUGGAAACAGAAGCACAAACCAACCAGCUCAGGAUUCACAGGACUCUUCAGAAGCAAACACAAUCAAAGAAAGACCACAUCCCAACAGCAUUGAUGGAGAUGAGAGUGAAGAAGAGCCACCUGAACGUAAGCCAAGCAAACUCAAGAGGAGCCAUGAACUGGACGUUGAUGAAAACCCAGAUUCGGACCUUGAUGACAGUGGUUCCCUUCUAGGAUUCAAACAUGGCUCAGGACAAAAAUACGGUGGAAUUUCAAAUUUCAGUCAUCGGCGGGUCAGAUACCUACAGAAGAAUGUGAAAUAUAAGUCAAAGUUCUUGGACAUGAGAAGACAAAUAAAUAUGAAAAACAAACACAUUUUCUUUACUGAAGAGUCAGAAAAAACAUUCAAAAAAAGCAAAACUUUGACUAAGGUAGAAAAAUUCCUAAAAUGGAUUAAUGAACCAAUGGAUGAGGAAGCAUCACAGGAGUCAGUUUCUCAUGACAAUGUGCAAGACACCUGCACAAGCAGUGAUUCAGAGGAACAAGAAAUGUCUGUUAAAAAAGGUGAUGACCCAUUGGAGACAAGUAAUCCAGAGCCUGAAAAGUGUCCUGCCAUGUCUUUAGCUGGUGAACUUGAAACAGAAAAAAAUGAAGGAGACAGUGCAGUAGUAGCUAUUACAGAUAAGGAAGAUGGUGUUACUCAGAUUACGCCAGGUCCUCUUCAGGUAGAAACUGAAGCUGAAAGUAAAAAGAAGAAGAAGAAGAAGAAAAACAAGAACAAAAAGGUAAUUGGUCUGCCUCCUGAGAUAGCUGCUGUUCCUGAGCUGGCAAAAUACUGGGCCCAGAGAUACAGGCUCUUCUCCCGUUUUGAUGAUGGGAUUAAAUUGGACAGAGAGGGCUGGUUUUCAGUUACUCCUGAGAAGAUUGCUGAGCACAUUGCUGGCCGGGUCAGCCAGUCCUUCAAGUGUGACAUUGUAGUAGAUGCAUUUUGUGGAGUUGGAGGAAAUACUAUUCAAUUUGCCUUAACAGGAAAGAGAGUGAUUGCCAUUGAUAUUGAUCCUGUGAAGAUUGAUCUUGCUCGCAAUAAUGCAGAAGUUUAUGGAAUAGCAGACAAGAUAGAGUUCAUCUGUGGAGAUUUCCUCCUGCUGGCUUCACAUUUAAAGGCUGAUGUUGUAUUUCUUAGCCCACCUUGGGGAGGACCAGACUACGCUACUGCAGAGACCUUUGACAUCAGGACCAUGAUGUCUCCUGAUGGCUUUGAAAUCUUCAGGCUUUCCCAGAAGAUCACUAAUAAUAUUGUUUAUUUUCUUCCAAGAAAUGCUGAUAUUGACCAGGUGGCGUCCUUAGCUGGGCCUGGAGGGCAAGUGGAAAUAGAACAAAACUUUCUUAAUAAUAAAUUGAAAACAAUCACUGCUUAUUUUGGGGACCUGAUUCGAAGAUCAGCCUCUGAAUCAUAACUGUGAGGUGGUACAAGGACAGAAAGUUCAUGUGUGGUCAGAACAUUAUUCAGAUGAGACCCUUGGAAUUUCUUUCUGUAUUCACUAAUACUUUGUACCCACCAUCUUAUAUCACCAUAUGAAAUGGAAACUUAUGGUAGAUUAAGGAAUAUUAAUGAAGUUCUUUGACAUCUUUGGAUAAUAUUAACUGUACAUUAUACAUUAGGAUAGUAAGUAUCUGAAAUGGAAAAGGUAGAUUUCUCCUGUGCUUACUGUCAGACAAUGUAUAUUUAUGUGUGUGUGUCUGUCUGGUUUUUUUUUAUAAUUGCAUAUGUUUUGGUAUAACAUCUUUGUAAGUGUAUAUAAAAAAUAAUUACUGUGUUUUUUCUAACAGAGAUAUAAGAAAACAAUGAGUGAGCCAUAGUCUGUCUGCCCAUUUGACCCCUGCUGAAAUAAAUAAUGUUAAACCUUUAAGGGUAGAAACAUAAACAGUACAGAAGGGUACAAAAUAAAAAGUAAAAUUCUCUCACCCCCUGGCCCUACCCUUUAUUCAUUUAUCUAAAGAUAACUACAGCCAACAGUAUUUUAUAAUUCCCUUAGAGAACAGAAAAGGAACUGCAGUAUACUUUAAUAUACUUUUUUCCCUCUAGUUGAUGCACUCACUGUUCAAUACUCCUUCCUUUUUUUUUUACUUAAUCUUUUUUUAAACUAUGUCCAUUUUAUGAAUAAAUCUUGAAGACCUUUCCAUGUGCUUACAUAUAUAGAGAUCUACCUCAUACCUUGCAUGGCUAUCUUGUAUUCCAUCUAGAAGAUGGAAUUAAUUAAUUUAACCAGUCCCCUGGUGAUGGACACUUGGGCUGUUUUCAGUUUUUUGCAACUAUCAACUAUUGUGGGCAUCAUCAGGCAUUUUAUAUUUUGUUAUCUCGUGUCAGAAAAAUGGUAUCUUAGUGUUUGUAAGUACUCCUUAAUUAUGAAUGAGAUUUGAACAUAAUUUUCAUAUAUUUUGGUCUUACAAUAGUUUUCCCCUUUUAAACUGACUGCCCUAUCUUAUCAAUUUUCCUUUUGGAUUAUUUUUCUUAUUAAUAUUCAUGAAUUCUUCAUAAAUUAAAGAGCCUUUUGUCUUCAGUAGGUGUUGCAAAUAUGUAUUUCCAGUUUGUUAUUGGCCUUUGCUUGUUUAGUGACUUUUACUUGCCAUUCAUAAGUUUUUAAGUUUCAAGUAGUCAGACUUACCAGUCUUUUUCUCUGUUGCUUCUGGGUUUAUGGUUUUUUGAAAGAGCUUUUGCAUUGGCAGAAUACAAAUACAAUUUUUCAGGCUUUUUUCUAGAAUUUUACUGUUUCUGUGUCUUUGCUGCAUCUGGAAUUUGCUUUUUAACAUCCUCUUAUAAAGUUAGUGUGGUUUUUUUUUAAUCUCCAUUACAAGAACAAUAUGCAAUAUAUUUUGUAACAUUGGGAUUUAUAUUCUUUUUCUAUUAAAAUGGCAAUGAAAGGAA